UCUAAAACGCAGUGUGUCUAUGACAGGUGGGACUAGAUAUUAAUAGUGUAGUAUGUAACUAUUGUAUGAAUGAGCUAUUAGAUUGGCUAUAGAUGAAUUGGAGCUAGUAGUUGGCUAUACUAUUGAACUUGCUCUAAGGGUAAAUAGUAGUAGGAACAGUAAAUAGUAAAGACGUGGGUCAUUAAAGGCCGCAUCAAAGUUGUCGCCGGGUCGUCCCAUCCUCCCUCCUCCGCAACGCACCGCGCCGCGGCACAACCUCCCCCUCUUCACCACCUCGCCCCCCUCACAUCGCGCGCCCACUACUAUUUGCCGCCGCCGCCGCCGCCAUGAGCUAGCAACCGCCCACGCCCUCGCCCUCGCCCUCGCCCUCGCCUCCUCACCGCAGCAUGAAGCCCGGGGGCGCGGCGUCGUCGGUACUCCCCGCCGCGCGCAGGGGCGGCCGCAUCGCCGCCGUGAUCGCGCCGCUGCUCCUCUUCCUCGCGGCCGCGCUCUCCUUCCCCUCCUCCAUCGGCCGCAUCCCGUCGCUCGUCGCGCUGGGACGGAGGCACGCUCCGUCUCCGCCCCCGCCGCCGCCGCCGCCGCGGGUGGCCGUGUGUUUGGUGGGUGGCGCGCGGCGGUUCGAGCUCACGGGGCCCUCCAUCGCGCGCCACGUCCUCGCCCCGCUCGUCGCGCAUCAGCAGGAGAAGAAGGAAGGCGAAGGCGGCGCGCCCGUCGUCGACGUGUUCCUCCACAGCCCGCUCGACGCCGACGCCUACAAGCUCUCCCUCCUCGCCCGCGCCGCUCCGCCGGGAUCCAGGCUCGCCGCCGUGCGGGUGUUCCGGCCGGAGCGCAUCGCCGAGACGCCCGAGCGCGCCCGCGUGCUCACCGCCAGCAACUCGCCCAACGGCAUCCAGGGAUUGCUGCAAUAUUUUCGGUUGGUGGAAGGGUGCUUGGACCUGAUCCGCGAGCGCGAAUCUCGAGGCAACUUCACGUACGAUUGGGUGGUCCGUACGCGGGUCGACGGCUUCUGGACCGGCCCGCUCGCCGCCGCCGACGCGUUCCCGGCCGGCGGCGCCUACGUCGUCCCCAAGGGGUCCCGGUUCGGGGGCCUCAACGACCGCCUCGGCGCCGGCGGCCGCCACGCGUCCCGCGUCGCGCUGUCCAGGCUCUCGCUGAUCCCUCGCCUCGACGUCGCGGGCUACCAGGAGCUCAACUCGGAGGCGGCGUUCCAGGCGCAGCUGAAGGUGGCCGGCGUCAAGGCGAGGGAGCGGCGGCUGCCGUUCUGCGUGCUGAGCGACCGGAGGUACUCGUUCCCGCCGGCGCCGUACGGCGUGCCCGUGGCGUCGCUGGGGAGCCCCGGCCCGCUGAGCGGCGCCAAGUGCCGGCCGUGCCGGCCGGCGUGCCGCGGCGGCGAGUGCGCGUCGGCGGCGCGGCUGGUGCGCGGGUGGAGCUGGACGGAGUGGCGGAACGGGACGCUGGAGAUGUGCGACGCGAGCGUGCCGUGGGAGCAAGGGUGGGAGGCGCUGUUUGACGAGGUCGCCGGCGAGGAGGCGGCGGCGGUGCGGCGGAGGGUGGCGACCAUGGGCGCGGACGAUUGCGUGGCGGAGGUGGCGGCGCUCAUGACGCGCGCCGAGCGGUGGGACGCGCCCGCCCCCGCCGAGAUCUGCCGCGCCGGCCGCCUCCGCCUCGCCACUCGCUCCGCUUCUGCCAAUGCCACUGUCACUGCCAAGCCCAACCAAAAUUGAUUUGACCAUUUUUUUCCCUCAGGAACACCAAACCAAAGGCAGAAAAGGAAUAGAAAGAAAGAAGAGAAUACAAGUUGGAUAGUGGUAACUGAUACAUAUUUUUGUACAAAUUUCAUAGAGAUUUAGCUAGAGAUCACUGAUGAAGAAUACUGAAUACACACACAGUGUAUAUAGCGUCAAAAUUCAUUAAUUGCAUGAUCAGUUGUUCGUUUCUUGUACUUACAAAUGAUACUAAAACAUAAACCUAAUCUAAUAGUACGCUCGAUAGCUGCAGGCAGCAUGUCUCAUGCAUUCUUGCAAGCUGACUACUAA